GGGGUGUUGGGCGAAGGGGGUGAAGGCAGACAUCCACAAACCAACAUACGCAUCACAAACGCGGGGCAGUGCUGACAGAGAAGGGGAGAAAAGGGACAGGGAGGCAAAGUAUAGUAGUGAGAAGUCGAGGCAGAGAGACAUUAAGUAGGACUCCCACGAAGAGGCUUCACCUUUGACUGAAUGAAAACUUUUUAGGAAAGGCAGAAGGGAUCGUUUAAAACUCCUGCACACACAUACAACAUGGAUGGAGAACCGGCCAGCCAGGAGACAAGUCAGACUGACAACAACAACAACAACAACUGCCAGGAAGGUGACUCAGAGCUGGUGGAGAAUAAAGGCCCUGAGGAGACAGCAGCAGAAGGUCAGGGGUUAAUGGAGGUGGGGGAGAAGGGUGAGGUAGAUACAGCAACAGAACAGACAGAGACAGGAGAGGAGGAGGCCGGUGCUGGAGACAGAGACGAGUCCCCCACCCUAUCAAAGCCUGGCGAGGGGGACACUGAAGAGGCUGGGAAAGAUAAAGACAAGUCGUCCGCUGGUGUCGAUGUGACAGAUCUUGAAACAACAAGCGGAGGAAAAAAUGAGGAGGGAGAGGUGGAAGAAGAAAAGAAAGGAGGGCAGGUGGAAGAGAGCCAGAGCAGCGAGACAGGGGAGGAGGUGAGGGACAAAGAGACGGGUACAUGCGAGAAAGGGGAAAAGGCCGAAGAGAAAGACGUGACUGAAAAAGAGGCGAAAGAGACGGAGACGAAAAAGCAAGUCAAAGAGGUAAAUGCAGAGACGAAAGACAAAGGGAAAACUAAGGAGGCAGAAAAACAAGGGAAGCCCAAAAGAAAGGGCGGCCCUCCUCCCUCGUCUCUCUCCAGACCAAGACCUUCUGCGCGCUCCAUCAGAGCAGCUGCUAAAAAUGACAUAAUCGCCAAGUUCCAGAAAGGUGCACCAGAGACGCCGAUACCUCGCAACUUCAAGAUUCAGAGGUCAUCUUCCGCCGCGGCCACAGGAGCUACAAUCAAACAGAAGAUUCUCCAGUGGUGUCGCAACAAGACCCGCAACUACGAGGGAAUCAACAUAGAAAACUUUUCAUCGUCCUGGUGUGACGGGAUGGCGUUCUGUGCUCUGAUCCAUCGUUUCUUUCCAGACGCUUUUGACUACAGCUCAUUGAAUCCAGCGGACCGCAAGAAAAACUUCACCCUGGCCUUCGAAACUGCAGAGUCCAUGGCUGACUGCUGCCCUCUGCUGGAGGUGGAAGACAUGCUCAUGAUGGGUAAGAACCCGGACCCCAUGUGCGUGUUCACAUAUGUCCAGUCCCUCUGCCACAGCCUCUCCAAAAUAGAAAAAGAGAGGAAGGACAAAGAAAAGGAGGAGAAGGACAAGGCUGUUAACGAUGGUGAAGAAAAGGGAGACGACACGGCCGGAGAGGGAUCAACGGAGAAGGAUGAGAAAGAGUCCGCCGAGGAUGAGACGAUGGACGGCCAAGAGGAGAAACAAGGGGACGGCACAGAGACAAAGGAAAGUGGAGCGGAGGAAGAUGCACCAAAGAGCUGCGAGAUGGAGGAAGGUGGAAAAGCGUUAGUUGAGGCAGAGUCCUAGAAAAAUACUGACAGCAAACAAGAAGACUGAACAGACCAAAGAGAUUGUCGACGAUACUGCAAUGAGUAAGUCUUAGUUUGGUGUUGGCUGUCAAAGUAAAGAGGCACAUCCAGGAUGACUCUCAACUCAAAUACUGUUAAUGUGAUGUGACAAUAUGUUUGAACUGUGUUGUGUUUUUUCAUUCACUGCUGUGUUGUUUUUUCAUGUUUGUCUUGAGCACAUAAUACAGAAAGUUCCUCUAUUUGCUGUGUUUAUGGAAAACAUUAAUAAAUUAUGAACCUGUGAAUAUUACAA